AGGCCAGCAAUGGUAGUACAUCGCCUAGUCACCCAAUGGGUGACGUCGUGCGCUGUUUUCUGUACAUUAUUUCACAUCAUAGACGCCUCAAAUCAGACCUCUAUUACCGAUACUAUCACGAAUACUACUAAGCAAUUGUCUGGAGACAUCACCGUUGAGCGAUCCGUACAGGCUGAACAACUGGAAGCAUCUGGAGCUGAUGACUCCAUCAUUUCUGCGGGCCCAUCGUUACUUACUCUUGCACACCUCCCAACGAAAAGCAAUAUCAGAAAACGAGCAGCUGAUUUUUACAAUGGUGUCGUUGGUCCACAAUUCUACAUUCCCUUUGACAUCACAGCGCCACGUUAUCCGCACACUCUUGUGAUGGGCCUGGGCCGGCCGCUUCAGCGAGGAGGCCUCUUUCCCCAUGUAGAAUACGUAGCCCAAUGGUAA